AUGGGCGUCCUGUGGAGCAGCCUCUGGGGCAAGCCGGAGCCGCCGCCGCCGAUGGUGCUGGUGCCGCCGCUCUUCGACUACCCGCCCAUCGCCGCCCGCACCAGGAUGUCGGUGCCGGCAUACGAGGUGAUGUUCGGGAAGCUCCCCUUGCGCAGUCUGUUCGAGGACUACUUCGACCACGCGGGGAGCAUGACCUCCAGGUUCAUGCUCAAGCCGCUGGAGGAUCCUCACGUCGACUUGGUCGCCAACGUAUCUGCAGCUGCCGGUGCAAAUAGUGGAACGGAAGUAAAAGGAGACGCUCUGUUCCGCUGGCAGAAAGAUUUAUAUGAUCCCCAUACCUUUGUGGAACUUCUUGCAUCGACUUCAGACCCCAUGUUGAAGCUGAGGUCAUGUGGUUACUACCCUGAGUAUCACGUUGGUACAUUUUGGACACUCCCUUUGCUAAUGGGAAACAGGGUGUCUUCUGAGGACUAUGGUGUCCUGGGUGUAAGGUAUGGUUCAGAGAAUCUAUCAAUUGGGGCGUCCUUUGUACCAGUGCCUGCAUCUGGUGAGGUGCCAUAUGGAGCAUGGUUGGUUGCGAAAAAAGGAAGUUUAACUGCAGGAGCACAAUAUAAGCCACUUAGUGGAAACCAACAUCCUAUGCCAUAUACGGACCCGAAGAACUGGAAUUAUGCAAUCAGUUAUGCUGUUGGCACAACAAGCCCUCUCAGCCCUUCAUUCAUCUGUUCCCUAGAGCUUGCAAGAAAUAAACAGCUUAUUGCAUCAUUCUAUCAGCACCUGGUUGUUCAAAGAAGGGUGAAGAAUCCUUUUGAAGAUGAUCAGGUUGUUGGUAUCACAAACUACAUAGAUUUGGGGCUUGAGUUGGCUGGAGGGAUUGAUAAGGAUAAACCAACAGAGAGUGCCAACAACAACUUGUUUCAGUUAGCCGCAAGCUGGCAAGCUAAUAAGAACUUCAUGUUGAAGGGAAAGCUAGGUCCUUCCAAGUCGUCUGUAGCUCUGGCAUUCAAGUCAUGGUGGAGACCAUCCUUUACGCUUAGCGUCACAGCUGUGAAUGAUCAUACGAAGGGGACGACGUCGUACGGCUUUGGAAUCCGCGUCGAGGAUCUCAGGAAGGCCAGUUACGAGAAGGCCGAUGCGAACUACGUGAUGCUGACGCCAAACAAGCAGCACCUGGCGCCGGCCGUCAUGUUUCAGUACGGGGAGCGGCCCAUGUUCCAGGCGGACGUGGAUUCGGGCAACUUCGACCAUCUGCCUGCGGAGAUGAGGCCUAUCGGCAAGAUACUCUAGAUCCAGGCUUGACCUCUCAGUAGUCGUAGAAGUACCUUCAGCAAGUUCGUCAGAGAAAAAGCCUUGUAGAUCUCAGACCGGUUUGAGAUUCACGGGAGCGUAGUUAUUUUCCGUAGAAAGCAUUGUAGAGAUUUUGUUUCAGAGAUUGUCUGCAUUGGUGAAAGCGUGCCAUGAAAUACGUACGCCAGUUCGAUGGACUAGGAUAUGACAGCGAAAUAGAAAGAUGCAUUUCGUGUAACUAGCUCUAGGUUUUGCUUUUGUGGAUGAUGUCACUCUCGAUCGUAUCUGCACUGGAUAACCAUAUGGAAGAUGGAACCGUGGCACGGCA